AUGGGGGGAUCUGCAUUUUCCUCUGGUGGUCGCAAUCUGAGCACGCCUCGCAUGCCGACUGAGGUUUAUCUCCGCGUCCGGCAGCAUUGCCAUCGUCUUCUUUUUCAGCAUUUCUUCUGCGUUGCUACUCCGAUUGACGGACCUGGAAAGAAGGAUUUUGGUGAUGUUGAUAUUCUUGUUUACCAUCACAAACUGGGAAAAGUAUUAGACGACAGGCAAUGGGUAGAGGAGCUGGCCAACAUCCUCGACGCCGUGGACUACAUUUACACAAAAGGCAAUGGCGCCAACGCCAACUUUGCCAUUCCGUGGCCCGAACAAUUUAUAAAUGACACUGACACAGAAAAGCGCUAUAUUCAAGUAGACAUAAGAGUGUGCGAAACACUCAAGCAUCUGAACUGGGUUCUUUUCAAGCACGCUCAUGGCGACCUCUGGAGUAUUGUCGGCUCCAUGAUCCGCCCAUACGGUAUUACCGUUGACGAAAGUGGAUUUUGGUUAAGGAUUGAGGAAGUUGAGUCGACCAACAAGAACAAAGCCAAGGUAUUCCUUACCGAUGAACCAGCCCAAGUCCUUUCAUUUCUCGGCUUCCCUAUUGACGACUACUGGGACCGUCCGUUUGAUAGUGUCAACGACAUGUUUGAAUACUCUACAAAAUCGCCCUUGGCGUCUAUUCCAGGAGACAAGGACAGAGUUGGUGCAAGUUCUGGUAUAGAUGCCCAGACCCUUUCUUCAAAUGACCGAAAAAGGGUGCGAAUGAGGCCAGUCUACAGGCAGUUCGUGGAGAGUUUCAUUCCAGAUUGCCAAAGGCGCGGACGGUUCAAACAACAGCAGACAUCACGGAAAGAGGUGACUGAUCGAGCGAUGAUACACUUUGGAGUAACAAAGGAAUAUACACAACGACGACGAGAAUACCUAAUCGAACGACACCGAGACAUGGUCUACCGCACACUUAUUAAAGACGCUAUUCCGCCAGUCGAAGAUGCGAGCGAUAUUCGAUCUGUAAACUACAGAUCUCAUCUUAUUAAAGCACUCAAACUUAUCAUUUUGGAAGGCAGUGAAGAAUUUGGAUGCAAGUUCGAUCAGUCAAAUGUUAUCGACGGGAUGGUAGAUGCAGAAAAAGUUCAAGAAUUUAUACAACGACAUAAGGAAGCAAUAGGACGGGCCGCGAUUGAAAAACAGCACAUUCAGUAUCUGGCGUCGGAAAAGCGCAAACAGGGUAUUUCUGAUGCAAAAGAAUAG